AUGGCCGCGCGAUGGGGGUCGUUUCUGACCCAAGCCGUAGCUGGUGUGGAAGCUCGCCUGGAUAAUAUACUCAGCGAGGACAAUGAUGGCUCGGCGCAAACGAAGGAGGCCAAGCCCGCCCCUCCUGCUUCGCCAGUGAAGCAAUCGCCAGGGCCCUCCAGGACCUCCUCGAGCACCCGCGCAAACGAUCGGCUCCAAGAAAGGCUUGCGCGGGCCAUAGCUGCGAAAACGGCCGGUCAGAAGCCCCUUUCUGCGCAAGGAAGCCCGCGCCAAAGUCUAGACGCAGCGAGCCGCACAUCGAUCGAUAGUAUAGGUCCGGCGAGUCCAGCAUUGAAGGAUGCGCCAAGGGAUACUUCUUCGCCGCGGGGCUCCCUGGAUGUUGUCAGAACGUCCCAAGAUAAUGCCGUGAAGGAAGUUGAUACCAAUCAAGACUUGAAGAAUGGGACAACAACGGAACAGGGGGUCACAGAUGAUGCGAACGGCGCGAAGGUAUCCCCCGAUGCACCACCGCCAGCCGAAGUGCCUCUCCUGAACACGCCAACCGUGGAAGCGCCCACCCCUACUCCUGCCCCUGAAACAGAGGAGAUCAUUACCAACAAGCCCGACCAAACAACAGUUGGAGACGAGGAAACGCAGAAGGAUGGCAAUAAUGUGCCGGACGUGGCUCAGACCCAGCAGCAGGAGGAGAUUCAUGGCUACAUAGAGCGCAUCGAUGCUCUUGAAGCCAAACUGCAGUUUCUCGCGAGAGAGGCCACAGACUCAGCCAGGAAGGCCGCCCUUGCUGCACCGGCUGGGAGUCUCGAGAAGAAGUUGGCGGAAAAGGACCAGCAGAUCGCCCAGCUCAUGGAGGAGGGCAAGAAGCUCGCCAGUACUGAGCAAAAGCACCGUACGAUCAUGAAGAAGUUGCAGCUCAAAGUUGGCGAGGGUGAGAAGGAGAUUAACAACCUGAAGAUGGCAAAGGACAAAUCUGACAAGGAGUUGGAUAAUUCGCGUCUGCGCGCUCGCCGAGCAGAUGAGCUGGAAAGAUCACAGGUGGUUCUACAAAAGCAGUAUGAUCAAGCUCAGAAGGAACUCGGCAGCUUGCGACCAGAGAUACGGUCGAAGGAUGCUACCAUCGCGGACCUCAGAAGUCAACUGCAAAAAGCCAAAGAACAAGUAGACGAGCUAUCGACUAAGGCAAACGAACGCCCGAGAGAACAGGAUAAGCGACGUAUCGAUGAUCUGGAAGAGCAGGUGGCCGCUCUCAAGGUCGAAAAGACUCUGGUGGCAGAUCGUGCCAAAGCGCAAGCAAACGACCUUCGAGAGCAGGUGGAAAGGGCGAACGAGCGAGCCCGUGUGCAAGAGUUGGAGCUAAAGGCUGAGGUCCAGAUGAUGGAAGGGAAGCUCGAGGCCAUGAGGAUGCGAGCAGAGGAGGCAUCUUCGGGUGUGGCUGGAGACUCGCAAGCCAAACUACUGCGGCAGAUCGAACAGCUGCAGACACAGUACUCCAUCGCGAGUGAAAACUGGCAGGGAAUUGAGACCAAUUUGCUGGCUCGUAUUGCUGGGCUGGAAAAGGAAAGAGACGAGGCUCUUCAAAGAGAAUCGGACAUGAGGCGGAAAGCUCGCGAGGCGGUAAGUCUCGAAUGCUGUGCGAUGAGUCCCCGACAACUACUGACAAUGCAGCAGGCCGUCCGCGCAAAGCGCCACGAAGAGGAACUGGAAGAGACCAAGACCAAAAUCCCCACGAUCCAACAAGAUGUCCAAUCCUACCAAGCCCAACUGGACGCCCUCACCAGACGUGCUGAAGCGGCUGAAACGGCCCUCUCAGAAGCCAAGUCUGAGCUCGAAAAGCAAAAGCAAGCCUUCGAAGCCGAAAAGGAAAGACUCCAAACCAGCUUUCACCAACCCAUCGUCGAGCGCCCCCGCUCCUGGCUCGAGGAUCUCCCUGGCACCCCCUUGUUCAAACCAGACAGCCGCCCUGCCUCGCCUCAGCUCUCCGCCGUCCCUCAGCGAACAUUUAGCACCGACUUCUUGGGCAUCCAAACCCUUACCAGCAAGGCGAGGAAGAUUUCUGGCGCGCAGUCCAGCAACAGCGAGGCGGGGGAUGCCAACUCCCGAAUCGGGCUGCCCGUCCCCGGAAUGGGUUCUUUUAGUCGAAGACCCUCGGCCCAACCGCCUGCCCGCCCUACUCUGCCCUCGCACCCGACGAGCAACAGUGGGAUCUUCAGUCCCACGUCUAUUUUCAGUCCUACGAGUGAGGCUGCCCCGCCUUCGAUAUUGAAUAACCACCGGGAGAUCCAGCAAGGGGAAGACGCCUUCAGUGGGAGUGGCGGGAGGGAUAACGAUAAGAACAACAUCAUGCAGGAUAUGGUCUCCGUCUCCACUGUUGCUGCCGGGCCGUCGGUUCAGUUGGUGGAGAGGAUGAGCGCCGCGAUUAGGAGGCUGGAGUCGGAGAAGGUGGCGGCGAAGGAGGAGUUGUCGAGGAUUUCGAAGCAGAGGGAUGAGGCGAGGGCGGAGAUUGUGGCUAUGAUGAAGAAGGUGGAGGAAAACAGUGCUGCGGUGAAGAGGGUGGGGGUGUUGGAGGGGGAGGUGAGGGAGGUGAAGGAGCGGUAUGAGACCACGCUGGAGCUGCUGGGGGAGAAGAGCGAGGAGGUGGAGGAGUUGAGAGCUGAUGUGGAGGAUGUUAAGGCUAUGUAUAGGGAGCUGGUGGAGAGGACUAUUAAGUAG